CGCGCGAAUUCGACCGUGGGAAGAGACCGGCGCUUGUUCUGAGGCUCUUCCCGAACGAUGACUGUACAUCUUGACCUCUGCUUUCUUGCUCGACUAGCUGCUCUACCGCUCAGCGAUACUUGAAUCGACUACAGCUCAACACUGCACACAACUAUUUCACUGAGGACACCAUGGGCGCCCCGAUAGAGAUCGAGUCCGUCAGCCAGUGGAAUCAAACCCUGCGCUCCGCGAGGGAGGCCAACCGACCCAUUAUCGUCGACUUCCACGCUGAAUGGUGCGGGCCUUGUAAGGCCAUCGCCCCCAUCUACGCCCAACUCGCCGCCCAAUACCACCGCGCCGUCUUCCUCCGCGUCGACGUCGACAAGAACCGGCCGAUCGCCGCCAAAUACAAUGUCACCGCCAUGCCCACCUUCUACGUCAUCGUGGACGGGGAGCGGGUGGACACACUCCGCGGCGCGGACGCGCGCGGGCUCGCGGCGAUGGUCGCGAAGUACGCGUCGGUCCCCCCGCUGCCUGCGGACGCAGAGAAGGCGAAGGCGGAGGGCAACGCCGCAUUCAGCAAGGGGGAGUACGCGCAGGCAGCGGCGGCGUACUCGCGCGCGAUCGAGAAGGCGCCGGAGUCUGCCGUCCUGCUCGCGAACCGCGCGUUCGCGUACAUCAAGCAGGUGCGCGAUCCGGGGACGCCGAAGGAGGAGAGGAAGAAGCUGCGCGUGCGUGCGGUGGUGGAUGCGACGAACGCGACGCAGCGGGAUCAGGCGUGGGGGAAGGGGUGGGUGAGGUUGGCGGAGGCGUUGAUGUUGCAGGCGGACGAGGAGGGAAUGGAGAAUGUGGCAGAGGACAAGCGGGCAGAGGGGGUGAAGCAUACACUGCUGGGGGCGGAGGAAGCGCUGCAGAAUGCGAUCAACCUGUCGGAUGGGAAGGUUAAGGCUGAGGCGCAGGAGAUGAUGAAGGAAGUGAAGGCGAAGCUCGCGGCUCUAUAGUGCUACGACGCCGUCAGGACGUCCAUCUUAUUAUUCUGGACUAUGGUUAUGACCACUGUUGUACUUGUAUGUGCGGUCAACCUUGCUAUCGACUCUUUGGCUGGGCAGUAUUCAGAUCCGGUUCACCGCGCGUGGGAAGUUUGUACCGAUCUUUCCUCUGACUCUUACCAAACGAUGACCAGCCUCCUAUUUUCUACUCGCAUCCUCGACUUGCGAAACCACAGAUCUUCGCCGAAAGUUUCCUAAUCAUCGA